AUGGAUGUGUCCACGCUGGUCAAUUGUCAGCGUGAGAUUCAAAUCCGAAUCUCACGCUCCGUAGAGUACCUGAAGAAGCUGGGCAGCGCCAACAUCACCACCAGUGCUAUCGCCACACGCACCAGAAUCCUGGAUCAGCUGUGGGCAAAGUUCGAGACGCAGCACGACCUUAUCCGAGCGGCCCUGAAAGACAAAUUCAGUGAGAGCGAGUAUUUCCAAUCAGAUUUCCACGCAGAUACAGAAAAUCUGUAUGUAAGUCAGCGAAGCAUACUUGAUGGCUACGCCGAACACUUUCGUGCACCGAACGUAGCUCCUUCUGCCGACGUCACGCCACGGUCGUCACUGCCGCGCAUCAAGGUACCGCCAUUCUCUGGUGCUUACGCUGAUUGGCCGUCGUUUCGGGAUCUCUUUCUCUCCGUCGUGAGUGGCAACGCGAUCUCCAACAUCGAGCGCUUCCAUCACCUCCGCUCAUGUCUGACGGGACCGGCUGAAGGUUAA